GGCGGCGGCUGGGACUGUGGCGAAAGUGCGGCUGCGGAAGCGCUGCGACGCCGAGGAGGAGGAAGCGAGCGCCGCUGCUGGGCUGCGAGGCUCCUGGCGCCAUGGGCCGCCUGCAUUGCAUGCAGGACCCGGUGCCCGAGGCCGUGCGCGGUGACAUGCAGCAGCUGAACCAGCUGGGCGCGCAGCAGUUCUCAGCCCUGACAGAAGUGCUUUUCCAUUUCCUAACUGAACCCAAAGAGGUGGAGCGCUUUCUGGCUCAGCUCUCUGAAUUUGCCACUACUAAUCAGAUCAGUCUUGGCCCCCUCAAAAGCAUCAUGAAAAGCCUCCUUCUGGUUCCGAAUGGUGCAUUGAAGAAGGGCCUCACUGCAGAGCAGGUGCAGGCUGAUCUCCUGACUCUAGGGCUCAGUGAGGAGAAAGCCACUUACUUUUCUGAAAAGUGGAAGCAGAACGCCUCAACCCUUGCACAGUGGGCCAUAGGUCAGACCCUGAUGAUUAACCAGCUGAUUGAUAUGGAGUGGCGAUUUGGAGUGACAUCUGGGAGCAGUGAACUGGAGAAGGUGGGAAGCAUAUUUCUACAGUUAAAGUUGGUGGUUAAGAAAGGAAAACAAGCUGAAAACGUGUAUAUAGAAUUAACCUUGCCUCAGUUCUACAGUUUCCUGCAUGAGAUGGAGCGAGUCAGAGCAAGCAUGGAGUGCCUCAGCUGAUUCUUGUGGACUUGCUCUUGCCUCUUCCCUAAUGGCUGCUCCAGGGGUCCUACCACCUUGGGAGCCCAGGUGCAAUUUCUGAAAAUACAGGACCCUGUACUUGAGGCAUCCUGCAGGAUUCCUCUCUAAGCUCCUCAUGGGAGCCGCCACUGCCCAGCUCCUGGGAUGAGUUGUACACCUAGAUACUCUGUACCAGUUCUGACUGCUAGGAUUGUCCUUUUUUUGAGGGUAUUAUCACUUCCCAUUAAAAAGUGUGAACAAGUGGUUCCUUCAGUCA